AUGCAGCUUGAUGCAGGCUUUCACGCCAUCUCAGAUGGAGAGUAUCGCCGCCAAGUCUUCUGGGGUCAAUUCUUCGAGGAUCUCGAAGGAAUGUCUGAGAUUCGCAAUCCGAGCCUCGACAUCUUCCGUGAAUAUGUCCCGGACAUGGCUGGUUUCGUUGAGAAGGGCGAUCGUCCUGGUCAAUCUUACCUGUGCAAGGGCAAGCUCAAGCAUCGUGGAAAGUCCGCACUCGCCGACGCUUACAACUACAUGAAGACUGUUGUCCCCGAGAAGCUAUGGCCCGAAAUCAAAGUUACCUUGAUCACACCCUCGUGGUAUCACCUACGGUACAAGGAUGGCUUGGCAUUCCCAAAGGAUGUGUACAAAACUGAUGAAGAAUAUUUUGAAGAUGUUGCUACCGCCUAUCAACAGGAGCUCGAUCUGCUCUAUGAAGCAGGCGUCAGGAAUGUCCAGUUUGACGAUCCACUCUUCGCCUAUUUCUGCUCAGAGAAAAUGGUCGCAGGGUGGGCCGCCGACUCAUCGAACAAGCGAUCAUUAGAUGAUUUACUAAACGUAUAUAUCGACGCCUACAACAAAUCAAUUUCCAAGCACACCUCAAAGAUGCAUUUCGGUUUGCACAUCUGCAGGGGUAACUUCAUGGGAUCCAGGCACUUUUCCGAAGGUGGCUACGAUCGUAUUGCCACAAAGAUUUUCAAAGACCUGAAUGUACAGACCUACUAUCUCGAAUACGAUACACCACGAGCAGGUUCCUUCGAGCCUCUUCUGCACCUGCCGAACAACAAGAACGUGAUCCUCGGUGUAAUCACUAGCAAGUUCCCUGAACUGGAGGACCAGGAGAAAAUGAAGGCGAGAGUCUUCGAGGCCGCCGAUGUGGUCGCUAAAGGCGCAGGGCAGAGCAGAGAGGACGCGCUGAAGAGACUAGGUGUCAGCCCACAGUGUGGCUUUGCUAGUCAUGAAGAAGGUAAUGCGAUUGUCUGGCAGGACAUGGAGAAUAAAUUGAAGUUGGUAAGAGCGUUGGCAGAUUCCAUCUGGCCAGGUGAGCCUUGA